AUGAUGCGCAUACGCUCGACUCAAAAGCAGUGUGACAGUUGGGAAUGUUCCCUCUUCGUUGUUUUACUUGAUUUUACAGCUGAUGCAUCGAUGAAAGAUGAAGGUCUUAUUCAUGAAAUUGCAAGUCGAGUUGAAAAACGUCGAAGCGAGGCUAAAUUAAAUCCAACUGAUGAUAUCAUAGUUUAUUAUUCAGUAGAAUCUGAAACAAGUGAAAUUGCUCGCGUUGUAACGAAACAACAAAAUGAAAUUGAAGCAAUUCUCAAAAAACCAUUUGCUUCGUUAAACAAUUUAACAAAUAAAGAUAAUAGUAAUGUUGUUAUUACUAAGAAACUUCCCUUAAGUUUUGCUUUUUUUAAUUGA